AUGGUAAUUUGCUUCUUAGGCGUUCUUAAGACAGGCGCUUUGUACGUGCCCGUCGAUGUGGAAUCUUGGAGCAAAGAUCGCAUCCAAUCAACGCUGAAGCGAGUAUCUGCCCGUGUCGUUUUGAAUACCAGUACGGAGGAAUAUCCUGGAUACGAGGAAAUUUCGCUGAAAGAAAUCGAAAGUGCCUUUACACCGACCAUCGAGCGACACUGGGAUAACGAACUGGAUCGCCCCUGGAAACGAAUUGAUCCCAGUGACCUUGCCUUUAUAAUUUUUACAUCAGGCACAACCUCUACGCCAAAGGGGGUCAUGAUUCCUCACAGUUCAGUCCUAAAUUAUGUCCAACAAGGAGGAGAAAUAACACCGUUCAACUUGAGCUCGUCUCCAGCUGAUAUAGUUAUUUUAAUCUUUUCUCCCGCUUUUGAUGCUUGCACGGCUGUUACCGUGUCGGCAUUGUGUAAUGGCGCGGAGCUGAAGAUUGCCACUCCGGCCGAUUUCUUGUACACCGCGACACUCUGCACAAUUAUGGCAUGUACACCUUCAGUGUUGGCUACAAUUCAGGAUCCGGCGAGCUAUUCCAACUUGCGAGCCAUCAUGAUUGGGGGAGAAGCAGCCCCCGCUUCACUGGUUCGCAAGUGGGCAGCAUCUUUGCCGACUUCUCCCAUAUAUAACUUCUACGGGCCUACAGAAACUACUUUUGCAUGUCUGGUGUCUCGACUUUACCCUGAUAAGCCAAUCACUUUGGGGCGUCCAAUGUCAAACAGCCGUGUAAUGUUACUUGAUGGGCAAGCCGAGUCUCACUACGGGGAGAUUUGCAUUGCUGGACCAGGCCUAGCCAGAGGAUACUAUGAGAAUGAAUUACUUACAGCUGACAAAUUUGUUUAUUGGCAAGGCGAAAGGAUAUAUCGCACUGGGGAUUUUGCACGAUGGACAGACCACGGGCUAGAAUUUGCCGGACGCAAGGACAACAUUGUCAAGAACCGUGGAUUCCUUGUGAGCCUUGAUGGACAAGUGAUUCCCAUGUUAUGCAGCCACCCGAAGGUUAUGGCGGCUACGGCUUUUAUGCAUCAAGGCCGCCUUGUGGCCUUUGUAACGCCGGAAGACAUUGAUGGGGUCGCGUUGCGGAAGAUCUUGACUGAGAAAUACGAUUCCUUCAUUAUCCCGGAUAUUAUUCGUCCAGUGGAAAUCCUUCCACUUACUGCAAAUGAUAAAAUCGACAACCGUGCCUUACAAGCGCUGCUGAGUGGCGACAAUCUAGUACAUGAUGUGUCCAGUCAUGGCUCAAAAAUGGACAUACUGAAAGCUGCGCUUUCUUUUGCCAUAUCUCUACCGCCAUCGGAGAUCCCUGACAACAGUUCUUUUGCUGAAUUAGGAGGAAAUUCCUUGGCAGGAUUGAAAGUGCUAUCUUUUCUGCGUACCAAAGGAUUCCACAUGCGGCUUGGACCGCUUUUUGAUCUACCAAAUCUAUCUACUAUUCAUGAUGCUAUGGCAAAAUUUGUUGGUACCGAAGAAGAGGAUGGCACCUCAGACCAAAAGCCGACUCUAGCUUCAGGACCCAUGACGUCUCUUCAGACCAAGAUGAUUCGAACAGGAAUUAGAAAUCCUGCCACGAGUUACAUGCUGUUGCGUAUGACUCUCCCAUAUUCAGGCAAUGCAUUUAGUGGAGAAACGCUUCAAUCCGCAUGGCAACAAGUCAUUGAGAGACAUUCAAUCUUUCGCACAGCCUUCAAUCUCAAAGAUCAAACACAACAUGUACAACAGAAGCUUCACCUUGACUGGAAAAAUGAGGAAACAACUCGCGACCAGCUAGAACGUGUGAUUCGGAUACGCUCCCAAGAAAUGCGCAAGAGGAUCUCAUACUUGGGAGAUGGAGACACAUUUAUCCCUAUUUCAGCUUAUCGCUUGAUCAUAGUUCCCAAUGUUGCUUCUACGUUCUUGGCUCUGGUGCACCACAGUUUAGUGGAUGGUUGGUCAUUCAGCAUCAUAUUAGAAGAGCUCCGUCUAGCAUUGGAUGGCAAGCCGCUCUCAGAGCCUCCGCAAUUCAUCAACAUCGCUUUAGCUCAAAAGCGACUGCAACAAGACCCUCAAGGCAAUGAAUUUUGGGAGAAAUGCUUAAAGGACGGUUUGGCGCAACCGAAGCUGAGGCUGCCGAAACCAUCGGUCGAUGUUCCAGUGGCUGACUGGUCCAAGAGCCUGCAAGUCAACCUUGGAUUUGGAUCGAAAGAGCUGGAAGCCAAAAGUCGCCUUCGUCGUAUUACACCAGCGACGGCAAUAUAUACAGCAUGGGGAUUGGUGUUAUCAAAUUAUAGCUUUUCUGACCGAGUGGCUUUUGGUGUGGUGUUUUCUGGAAGGAAUAUCGAUGCAGCGGGAGCCGAUCGAGUCGUCGGGCCGCUGCUCAACACAUGCCCGUUUCCCCUCGAGUUCAAAGAAAGCCAAUCUGUGGCUGAUAUACUUUCUGACGCUCAGAGUCAGCUGCUACAGAUGCUCGAGUUCCAAUGGUGCGCUGAUAAUGCCCUGGCCAAAAUGCCAUCCGAAAGGAUAGCCAAUGCUUUCCAGACAAUUGUGGUCGUGGAGUACGAUCUCCCGUCACAAUCGGGGUCUUGCGAGGCGAUACCAAAGCCAUGGAAAAUUGAACGAGAAGACAUGAUGGAAUUUGGCAUAACUCUUCUGCUUGAGGAUGAAAGCGAUGGCAGUCUUCGGGCCCGCAUUCUGUACGAUGGCUCGCUAUAUACCGAGCAGAGUGUCGUCGGUCUUUUGAACCAUUUUAAGCGUGUGAUUGAGGGGUUACUCGACUGCUCCAAUAGUCAAAUGCAGCAAGUUAGAAACCGUAUAAUUCUGGAAGAAGAGAAAAAAACGCUUUUAAGUCCAUCGAAACAAGAGCGAGGAAGGGACUAUCAAGGAUAUGAUACAGUCAAAGAUGCUUUUGAAGCUGCUGCAGCGAAGUGGCCAGAUUUAACAGCUUUGGAGUCAACCUGUGGUUCAAUGACUUAUCGAGAGUUGGAUGAAUCUGCUAAUAAGCUGGCCAGCCAUCUCCGGUCCAUAACAAACCCUGGAGAUGUUGUUGGUAUUCUUACCGAUGGAUCCCUCCACUGGGUUGUAGCUAUUCUGUCUGCUCUCAAAGCGGGCUGUAUAUGCUGUCCCAUUGACGUUAGUCUUCCAGCAGCACGGAUUGAAGUCAUCAUCCAACAAAGCGGUGCCACCAUUUUUAUCGCCGCCAACAAAGAUUGCGCACGAGUGAUUCAAGCUUUACAAGGAAGUCGUAUCAUAGUUUCUGACGAGUUUCUCGCGUCGUGCAAAACACCAUCAUCUUCACCUGGAACCGUUUCAAAGCCGAAAGACGUCAUCUAUCUUGUUUUCACUUCGGGAAGCACUGGUAUUCCAAAAGGUGUUGCUUUGCAUAACCGUAGCAUUCUUAUGGUCAUCGACGAUGAAGUAAACCGAAUGUUCUCUAGGCCUGGUCGCCGACAUGCUCAAGUCUACGCUCUCGGCUUCGACGUAGUGCUCGUUGAGCUAUUUGGAUCAAUAUGUUAUGGUGGGACACUAGUUUUGAAAGACCCCAGUGAUCCUCUUGGGCACCUCAAGCGUGUAGAUGCAACCUAUUCUACGCCAUCACUGCUAGCAGCUCUGUCGCCAGAAGAAUUCUCCAACGUCGAAACGAUUGGUCUUGCUGGAGAGCCUGUUCCCCAAAGCCUCGCAGAUAGAUGGUCACAUAAGCGCUUGUUCAAUUUUUACGGACCGAGCGAGUGUGGGCCUAUCUCGACUCGAACUGAGCUUCGCCCUGGAGAGCAAGUCACCAUCGGAAAAGUCGUCCCCCAUCUGGAUAUCUACCUAUUAGACCAUCACCAGUGUUUAGUUCCCAUUGGAGUCACAGGAGAGAUUUACAUCUCUGGAGAACAAAUUACUGACGGAUACUGGAAUCUACAAACCGAAACUUUGAAUGCAUUUGUUCCAAACCCUUUCUCUCUUGGCAAAGUAAUGUAUAAGACUGGAGAUCUCGGUUAUUGGACACAAGACAUGAAAGUGGCCUACGUGGGACGAAUUGACAACCAGGUAAAAUUGCGAGGAUACCGAAUUGAAAUGGAAGAAGUCGAAAGCGCUCUUAUGCGUGCAGAUUCCUCUAUACAAAGCGCUGUUGCAAUUGUCGUCGACCGUGUCCGUCUUGUAGCCUUUGUCACGCCAAGUACUGUUGAUGUUUUAUCAGCUGGACGAAUGGUCAAGAAGUUUCUACCCGCUUACGCUUGUCCUGCGCAGGUAAUAGCGAUAGAAUCCUUGCCACAGUCGUCUAAUCUCAAAAUUGACCGCAAAGCUCUUCGGGAGUUGGCUACUGAAAACCUGGACCAAGGAGAUGCACCGUCAACGCCGACAGAAAAGUUGAUAGCAGAAAUUUGGAGAAAAGUUCUCGACUUCCAAGGUCAUAAUAAUGAGCGAAAAAUUUCCCGAGAUGAUGAUUUCUUGGCCAUUGGUGGAAACUCUCUACUAGCUAUCAAGGCAGCUCGUUUAAUCGCUGAGCGCACAGGUCAUCACACUCCGGUGCCACUUCUCAUCAGAGAAACAGUUCUAUCAAAUCUUGCAAAAGAAAUCGAUCGAUUUGCAGCUCUUGAUGAGCUAGAGGAUGGAAUUACUACAUUCAAGUCGUUCCUAUCCACUCUGUCCGCUCCGCCAAGUAUAAUGGCAGCACAAAUACCGUCGCAACUCGAAGAAGAAUUUUAUUUAUGGCACAUCAUGUCGAACACGAAGUCGCUCUUCAACACCGCAUUCCAAUUCAUCAUUAAAGAAAACCCAAUUCUUCGAGCUCGCUAUGUCCUCAAAGAAGGGUUCAUCUACCGGCUCGUCAGCGAUAAAGUUACUCCACCUUUGGUCUUCUCGGGGCGAUCUAUAGGUUCCAAGGACCUACAGGCCCUGAUAGAUAAACCUUUUGACCUGGCCCAUGACCAACUCAUUAGGGCGGUUAUCUGUGCAGAGAAAGAUGAGCAUGCUACGACAAAGACGUCGCUCUCACUUAUAACGCAUCACAUCGUUACAGAUAAGGCAUCGCUUGCCCUUUUGCUACAAUCAAUUAGUCAGAAAUACCUGGCAGCAGCCGAUGCCGCAGUUUGCAAUGGGCAAGCUGUUGAUGAAAAUACGCACAAGGGCACCUAUCUCGAAUGGACGCAGUGGCUUCAAAAGAACAGUUCCCUACCUGCAACGCCAACAAAAUUAGCGAAGCGAGAAUUUUGGAACGAUCGUGUUAGAAGAAUAGAGACAAUUCCGUUAUUAAGCAAACAUGAACUUGGAAGGCCGGGUCAUGAGAUACCUGGUUAUGAAUCCAUCAUCAUCUCAACUACGGAUGGUAAGGGCUUUUCGCAGCGUAUGGCCCUAGCUGCGUCCGCAAUUACACUUUAUACAGUGUUCGGUUACAGCGACAUUGUAUUAGGAAUUCCAUAUAUGAAUCGAGACGAGCCUGGGGCGGCGAACAUUAUGGGCCUCCUUCUCGACAGGCUACCAUUGCGCAUAAAACUCGAUGAUAAUAACAUGGUGGACUCCAGUAAGCUCAUCAACGAUAUCGUGUCGGAAAUUAACCUUUCGGUUGAAAACCAGAUGCCUUAUUCAGAAAUUUUACAAUUGGCAAAAGAUCGGAGAUCUCUCUUUGAUGUUGUGGUUAUUUAUCACUGGCAGUCUGAUGCACUGGAGCAUUCCCUCAAGAUACCUGGCGCUCAGGUUUCGAGCGAACGCAUUCGAACGCGAGGAGCCAAAUUUACAUUGCAGCUAGAAUUUAGCGAGCAGGAUGAUGGACUGCACUGCGGCAUCGAGUACAAUGCUGGCGUUCUGUCUCCGCCGCAAAUGGCAGCGAUUAUGUCCUUCAUCCCGACCGUCUUCAAGGGCCUUCUAUCUGGCUCGGCACCGGCUGAAAUUCUUUUCUCAUUCAGGCUAUUGAAUGACUACGAUCCAUUGGAAGCUAUGCCGUCUUAUCACAAGAGGGUUAAUGAAGUUCGCAAGGCUUUUUCUGAGGCACUAGGCAUUCAGACAGAGGGCAUUACACCCGAGACGACACUGUAUGACCUGGGAGGAACAUCUAUAACAGCACUCCGGCUUCACUAUUUAUUAGGCGAGAAUGGGUUACGUGGAGAUUUGUGCGAUAUACUUAGAGCGCCUUCUCUAGGAGAGAUUGCCUGGAUGUUCCAGUAA